AUCAAUGGCAAAUAACUAAUAUUUAUUCCCCAAUGAAAUAAUAUUAUUAUAACAGACAUAUGGUUUAUUUUAUUUUAGGGCUGUUAUCGUGAGAAAACCUCUACCAUGCUGCUUAAAGUUUGUUGCCAACCGCCAAUAAAAUCAAGAAGAAGAAGAAGAAGAAAACCUCUACCCUUGUUCGAGAGUACGUGGAAGUUACGUCACUUUUAAUUUGACAAGGUUGCGGUGCAUUUGAUGAUGCUGUAAUACAGGAAUAAAGCUACCUGUACAGUAAUCUAAGUAGCGUAAGUGUCGUGAAAGCUGUAAUAUCAGGGCUCUGAGUGGAAACGUGAAUGCAACAAAAGUUCAGACUUCAGAGUUGUGACAGCUACCAUCAUGGAGGAAAAACAAAGCAACGCCAACUUCUCACCAGUUUUCCAUGAGCCCAUUUCUCUUCUCAGACCCUGGAGGAGCAGCAGCAACAGCAGAUCAUGAGUCGGAGAAAAUGACCAGCCGCCAGCUUACUGAACAGAGCCGCUUUGCUUUUGCUGCUCUGUGCGCUGUUUCCUUGGGCCAGCUGUUUUCUGCGUCUGAAAACAGUGCGUUUAGGGAGCAGUACCUUCAGGACUUGGUCCAAUUGCUGGGUCUGGACCAGUCAGUGAUGCCAGUCAUGGGGGCUUUCCUGUCAGGCCUGGGCUCUGAGGGCACAGACACCUUCCUCUCAAUCCUACAGGCAGAUCCGCUGGUGGCUGCAGGAACCACGCCCAUCAUACAGGAUCUGGUGUCUUUGUCUGUCAAAGAUGGUCAAUAUGAUGCCAGAGCGAGAGUCCUGAUCCGUCAUGUGAGCUGUUUGCUGCGAGUGUCUCCUCAGCAGCUGGAAGAGUUUGAGGAGACGCUGGAAGAGAGGCUGAGGGAGGCAGGAGAAGAGAGCGAAGAGGAGUCGUCCCGCCGCCGGAGGAGAGAACGAGGACGAAAGCUGAGACGCUACCUCCUGAUUGGCUUGGCCACCGUGGGGGGAGGAACCGUGAUCGGUGUGACAGGUGGACUGGCGGCUCCGCUGGUGGCAGCUGGGGCCAGCGCUGUGCUGGGGGCCAGUGGGGCUGCGGCUCUGGGCUCAGCUGCUGGUAUUGCUAUAAUGGCCUCUCUGUUUGGAGCUGCUGGAGCUGGACUGACUGGAUAUAAAAUGAAUAAGUGUGUUGGGGCCAUAGAAGAGUUUGAAUUUCGACCAAUGAGCUCUGGGAAGCAUCUGCACCUGACCAUAGCUGUGACCGGUUGGCUCUGCAGUGGGAAAUACAGUUCGUACCAGGCCCCGUGGUCCAGCCUGGGGGAGUGUGGCGAGCAAUACUGCCUGGUGUGGGAGUCACGCUUCCUCCGGGACCUGGGCUCCGCCAUGACCUCUCUACUGGAUGGGCUGGUCAGCAUGGUGGCUCAGGAAGCCCUGAAGUACACCGUGCUCUCAGGCAUCGUGACAGCUCUGACGUGGCCCGCAUCUUUGCUAGCAGCGGCCAGCGUCAUUGACAACCCCUGGUGUGUUUGUCUGAACCGCUCGGCUGAGGUGGGCAAACACCUGGCUCAGGUGCUGAGGAGCAGGCAGCAGGGGAAGCGACCCGUCAGCCUCAUAGGUUUCAGUCUUGGAGCCCGAGUCAUCUACUACUGUCUGCAGGAGCUUGCUAGUGAUAAAGGUAGUGAAGGAGUGGUAGAAGAUGUGGUCCUCCUCGGGGCUCCUGUUGACGGCUCUGAGAAGUCCUGGGAGAGAAUGGUUAGGGUGGUGGCAGGAAGAAUAGUCAACGGGUACUGCAGAGGCGACUGGCUCCUGGGGUUCCUGUACCGAAGCUCAGCUGCACAGCUGUCUGUCGCUGGGCUGCAGCCAAUCAACAUCCAGGACCGCCGCAUAAUUAAUGUGGAUCUCUCAUCUGUGGUGAAAGGCCACUUGGACUACAUGCGUCAGAUGGACACCAUCUUGGUGGCAGUGGGAGUUCCCACCAAAGAAGUGGCAGGAGCUUCAUUUGUUCUUCCUCAGAUUGUAAGAAGUGCUCAGAAGACCGUAGACCGGACCGAAGAGCAGCAUCGAGCGAGCGAGAAAGACAAAAUGUCAUCACAAGAGAGCACAGACUGGAGGGACAAGACAGAGGACAUGGGCGAUGGCUGGGACAUUCCUGACAUCACAGAUCUGCUAGACUCGCUGAAUGAGAUGGAACCAAACAACGAAGUCUCAGUUCUAAACAAUGUUUCCCCUAACAACGCCACAUCCUCUGAUUUCAUUGCUCAGAACAGCAGAGAGGAGACUGAGCCGGAUGAUGAGCAGAUGUUCUGGAGCUGGAACUUACACAAAUAAAAACCUGGAGAAGAGUGAGUUCCAGAACCAGUUCUGCUGCUCUCAGGUUAUUUUAUGCAACACAGCAACUUCUUCAGUGGAUAGACAUUUAUGUUGUUGGCAGAGAAAACACGUGUCAUACAUGUAUAUGGCAGCUUUUAGAAAACAAAUUAACUACCUUGUUUCACUACUUAAUGUACAAAUAAUUUAAUCAUAAUUUUGCAACACAGUGUUGUUUUUUAUUAACUGUAAAGGUGAUUAAUAUUUGUUCUCCUGUGAGACCAAAUACCUGCAGAAUAGUUUAGUUUGCUGGAUUUAUAAUGGGACACUUGGGUCGAGUGACUACAGGGACAUGGGGGAGGAUAUAAUAAGGGACAAUUGGGAGGAUUUAACAUGGGACAUUCAGGAAUACUUAAUAUGGGUUAUUUGGGAGGGUUUAUAAUGGAAGAUUUGGGUGGAUUUCAUAUUGGACAUUUGGGAGGAUUUAAUAUGGAUGUAACAUGGGACAUUUGGGAUAAUUCAACAUAUGACAUUUGGGAGGAUUUAAUUUGGGACAUUUGGGAGGAUUUAACAUGGGACAUGUGUAACAGGGAAAAAUUCUACAAGGCCACCUGAUCUGGCUCUAUGCUUGAUGUCGUUUUAGACACGAAGCGUGUUAUGUACCUUUUAACAAUAAAGUUAAAAGGUUUUUUUUUUUACUUUACUGUGAUGAGCCAUAAAUAUAGGGAAAUGAUCACUUAUAUCACUUAUUAUGCACUUAACUAUUCCAUUUUUUUAAAUUACCACAGUUGCACUUGUACUAGUAAUUCUGGCUGGUUGAGUAAUCACUAGAUAUAAAGUUCUACUGAACAUGGCUUCUGCAAAAUCUGUAAGUCAUUUUGUUCUGUCCUUGUUUUAAUAAAUCAAUAUUGAAAUCUCCACAUAUUAA